AUGCCUUGUCCAUUCUGUGAAGUGGAUAACGUAGAAAAUAGCGAUUUAAAGGAUCGCAUAGUAUUUCAGGAUGAUACUAUCAUCGUUCUUCAUGAUCUGAAACCUGCCUCGAGAAUGCAUUUGUUGGUGAUCUCUCGACAACAUAUACUACAACACAUGAUAAAAACUGGACGGCGUAUAUUAAAGCAAGCUAAUUACAGUCAAGAAAAUACUCGGUUGGGUUUCCAUGUACCACCAUUUCUAAAAAUCAACCAUCUACAUCUACAUUGCCUCGGCCUCCCCUUUCGUAAUAAACUAGUUGGUAUAAAAUACGUGGAAGGUCUGUGGUAUAAGAGUGCUAACAAAAUUUUGAAGAAAUUAUCUGAAGAACGACGGAGAGCGAAAAAUUCUUCAAGUAACAAGUGUAAAAAAUCGAAAAGAUCACAUGCGAAAUCACGGAAACAGAGAUACGAGGAUAAUGAAAGUGGAGUUCAGACAUCUGUAAGUGGAAGUUGUGUCGAAUCGAAUGGAGUGAAUACGAGUGAUGCGGGUGUGAGUGACGCAGGUGUUAAUGAUGAAGAGGAGGAGCAGAUACAACAAAUGCAAUUAAAAGAAUUAAAUAAUCAUAAGGAUGGGAUGAACAAUCAGAAAUUAACAAAAAUUUCUAUAAUAUCACAGGCGCCGAUAAUUGUUAAUGUGUAA